UGCUUGUACUGUCUUUGUGGGCGGGAACAACAAAACAGUGCUCGUUGAAGUAACCAAUGCUAUUCUAAAGACAGAAAACCAGCCAAACGUGUAGUCUAUGUGAGUGAUCGCCACGGGUUCAGUAAAACAGAGGCGGGAAUUAUAUGAUGAAGGGACGGGUUUUACAAAGAUUGGUUGAUGUGUGGUGGCGCGCUGUUUGAAAAAUAAGGUUACAAAAAGCCGGGAGUUACACCACUGGAUCUUAUGAAAAUAAAACCGUCACAUAAUUAGACAACACGGAUACAAGUGGUACAGUUUGAUUGGGAAAAUGUUGACUUCGGGUAACGGUACUCCAAGAAAAAGGAAACAUAGUUCUGAAGGCCCUCUUUCUGCCUCUGGAUCUCCAACAAAGAAGCUCCUUAAAGACUUUGGAUCUCCCCCAAGAAGGAAAUCUCCAAGGUUACCCAGCGCUUCUCUUGGAAAAACAGCCUUAAAAACCAUUGAUAAUGAAAAGGAAAAUUGCUCAUCCCCUUUCAAAUCACUGUCUCCAGUAAAACAAUUGAAGUCUCCCCUCCAGUCUGCCGUGGCACCAGCAGGGCUUUCCCAAUUCAAUUGGUCUCCAAAGCCUGCUUCCCCCUUCAAACCGUCUGUGAAAACUGGAUCUUUCUAUGGCAAAAGGAAAGUGCUUUAUCUCACACCCCUGGAGAGAAAAGUCAUGAACAACAACAAACCCACAGUAAUCAAUGAAGGAAAGCAGGAUCAGGUCACCCUGCCUAAGUCUGUUAAAUUGGCAAAGAGGAACAAAACUUCACCAAAGCCAAACUUGGGGGUCUCCCGUACUUCCAGAACCUGCAUUACAGAUUACUUGAAGCCAAAACCAGCCACUGAGACACCAAGUCAGUUGAUACCGAGUGAUCCCAGGGAAGGGGGACUAAAGACAUUUUCCUCCUUGCGCUUCAGUGGUCUGACAGCCAAACCCAAGCCCAAACUCCUGGUUGGUGCUGCAUUCUUCGCUACUGGGACAAAAGGUCGUUCCAUGUAUAAAAAACAGACACAAAAAAAAAGCAAGCCAACCCCAUACAAACCCAAACCUAGACCACCUGAAAUGGAUGUGAAAAAGCAAGAUCCGGACCAACCCAUCAAAAAAGUGGACACGGUCGUGCUCAAACAGAGCAUGGCUUCUGAAUCGCAUGUGACUUUUAAGCAGAAGCAGAAAGCAAACCCACGAGUUGCAGCAGAAAGCCACGUUCUGAGGAACGAGCUCACACCCAAUACAAAGGUGCCAGACAACCAGGCGCAGGGGAAUCAGCGCUCACCUGAAACAAAAACAGACCAGCGUCUGCAAAACCAUCUUAUCACCAAGCAGGUGAAGGUGGUUCUGAGGAGAAUCGAUGGAAUGCAGGUCAGCUCGGGGAGCUCCAUGGGUGAGCUGAGCAAUGUGGAGGACUGCUGCACACCAGCGAUAGGAUCGGACACAGUGUUUGACUUCAAGAACACAUCUUUACAUCUCAGACAGGCUAGGAAAACGUCUCCACCAGCUGCAUCAGUCUAUCCUAUCUUCAGUACUCCCAGCUCUACAUUGAAAGGGCACCGUCCUGCAAGAGCUGAACUGGCGUCUCCUGUGGCGUGCCGGAGCCCUUUGUUGUCAGCAGCUGCUCUACCCAAACCAGCUAAGCUGCAGAGGAACAUCAAGAGAAAUAAAGAUUCUGAAAAGCAAGCCACAGAUCAGCUCAUCAUUGAUGCUGGUCAGAAGCACUUUGGUGCCAUUGCGUGCAAAUCGUGUGGCAUGAUCUAUACAGCAGGCAGCCCUGAAGAUGAAUUUCAGCACACACAGUACCAUCAGAGCCUCCUGGAUAAAAUUAAGUUUGUGGGGUGGAAGAAAGAGCGGGUAGUUGCUGAAUACUGGGAUGGAAAGAUAAUACUUGUCCUGCCAGAUGAUCCAAAAUAUGCAGUUAAAAAGGCUGAUGAAGUACGUCAACUUGCUGACAACGAACUGGGAUUUAAACAAGUCUCACUGAGUUGUCCCAGCAGAAGUAAAACAUACCUGUUUGUGAACAGUGAGAAGAUGAUUGUUGGGUGUCUUGUAGCAGAACAGAUCAAACUGGCAUUCCGAGUGUUGAAUGAGCCAGCAGAACAGAAGGAGGUGAAAAAGCAUGAACUGCUGGAGCAUCACAGAGCUUGGUGUUGCUCCACAAAGCCCGAAAAUGCCAUCUGUGGAAUCAGCAGGAUCUGGGUGUUCAGUCUGAUGCGGAGAAAGGGCAUUGGCAGCCGCAUGGUGGACACAGUCAGAAAUUCGUUUAUGUAUGGAUGCCACCUAAGUAAAGAGGAAAUUGCUUUUUCAGAUCCAACUCCAGAUGGCAAGCUGUUUGCUAGCAACUACUGCGAAACUCCAGCUUUCUUGGUGUAUAACUUCAUUAGUUAAGAAACAUGCUUUUUGUAUUAAUAUAGUGAUUUUUUUAUGCUGUGUUAACCAUUUAUGGAUUUUUGGGUUUUUUUUGUGUGCAGCAAGUACCAAGUAGCUAAACAUUAAUGAGAAAUUAGUUUUGGUGACUUCACAAGCUAAAAACAUCUGCUUCUAAAUAAAAUAUGUUCAGAUUUAAUAUUUUAAUUUUCUUUUUGUGUUAACAGUAUGUCUAAUUUGUAAAUAGUUUAAAAAAGUUAGUUAUGUUUUUAUUUGAAAAGUGAAUUACAGUUUUAAAUAAUUAAAACAAUGCUGAUGAUAUGUUACCCGCAUGCUAUUUAGUUAGUUUGGGUCAGUUACUUACUUGGCUGUAAAGAGGUGGGCCCUUGUACGAAAAUUGUGGGUUAUUAUAUUAAUGUUUUAAUAAACUGCAUUUUGUAAUGCUUUUAAUAAAUUGGUUUCAUUUUUGCAAAGUUA